AUGGGUAUCACUGGAGAGCUGGUUAGAAGCAUCUUCUCUAGGAACAGGUCAACACAAGACAGCAAUGCAGCAAGAAGUUACGUGGCGGAUAAGAAAAGGUGGAGUUCAGUCAGAUCAUACCUCUGCGGCGAUGAAUUUAAUUCAGUUCUUGCAGAGGAAGAUUCAACUUCAUUUAAUAGCUCGGAAGCCGCAGUUAUACAGACUAUACCAGAAGGCUUAAGGGACCAAGGGGAAAACCAGAGUGAUGAGACCAAGCCAAAUAUACCAGAUGAAAAGCAUAACUCAAUUUCCAAACAAUUACAUGAAGAAGAUGCAGCCAUGGUUAUUCAGUCAGCAUUUAGACACUUUCUGGCUAGGCGUCAAAAUACAGAAAUGAAAACAAAGGACGACAAACAGGAGCCUCUCACAGGAAACGAAAGUCCAAGUAGGGAGUCUAUCGGUACAUCAAUUGAAGUUCAAACUGGAAAUUCUAUGGAAGUUUUCUCAGUUCAAGAAGAAAGCAACGCAGUACAUCACCGAGUGCAACAAAAACCAAAAGCUCAGGUUUUAAGGAUAAAGGAAGACUGGGAUGAUAGCACAGUAAGCAGUAACAUAUCAAAAAUGAGGAUUCAGAAUAAACUGGAAGCAAUGACCAGGCGUGAGAGAGCUCUGGCCUAUGCUUUUUCUCAGCAGCUGCGAACCUGCUCAAAGAGAAAACAAGCAAAACCUGAUGGCAAGGAACAGAACCUGAGCUGGGGCUGGGUAGAACGGUGGAUGGCAACCCUUGUUCCAGCGAGCUCAUUAGUUGAAAAGAAUACAAGCAAGCAAUUUGAACCAGUGGACUACAAUCGAAGAUUUGUUGUCCGUAAAGGAAUUAUAGACGUAAUAGGUGAAGAGGAAGAAAGUUGCGGAUCUAAUGAAGUAUCCGUCCGGCUAGAAAGCUUAUCAGUGACAACUCCUAAGGAAAUUGAUGGCUACAGGCCAUCAAAGAACAUGCUUGAAGCUACAAGAAGCAUAUCGAGGAGGAAAACUGUACCAAGCUAUCAGCUAUCGAAAGAAUCUGGAAAGGUAAAAGGAUUAAGAGCAAGCGAUUAGGAGGCCAGAAAGAAAUCAAAUGCAACAAUGCUAAGGAUCAAACUGUCGCUGGAUCCUUUAACCCCUUGACCUAUGGAUUUUUAUUGUGUCAAGAAAAAAGUAAGUUCCUACUAGUGCUAAGACUUACUCUGUUUUAUGUGUGGCUUCAACAGAAUGGUUGAAUUCCUGUAAAUGCUGUCACUAAACUAUCGUUUAACCUCUAAAUUCCUUGAGUAUUUAACUACUAAGUAUCAGUUGUUUAGCUGAACUUGUACACUGCAAAGGAUCUGAUAUUCACGUU